AUGUCUAUUCUCGAGCUUCUCGUGCUCGCCCUCGCCGGAACGGCUGUGGCCUCGCCUCCUCUCGGCAUCCGGGCCGUCUCCCCAGACAACUCAUGCGGAAAGACUGGAAACGGAGGUAGCUCCAAGGCGUACACCUGCCCUACCAACUUGCCAUGCUGUUCCGUCAAUGGCUGGUGCGGUUCUACUGACGCCUACUGCUUGCCCGCCAACGGUUGCCAGACCGGCUUUGGUACGUGCAAGGGAACAACGAGCAGCACCAGCAGCAAGGCACCAGCAGCAGCGAGCAGCAGCAGCAAAGCAUCAGCGAGCGCUAGCAAGGCACCGGCGAGCAGCAGCAAGGCACCUGUCAGCAGCCCAAGCAGCACCGCAGUGGCUGUCAACGUCUCUCCCGACAGCUCUUGCGGAAAGACUGGUAACGGUGGCAGCGCGGCGGGAUACACUUGCCCUACGAAUCUGGCCUGCUGCUCUGUCAAUGGCUGGUGCGGUUCGACCGACGACUACUGUCUGGCGACCAACGGCUGCCAGACCGCGUUCGGUACGUGUAACAACAACGGUAGCCCGCCGGCAACUGGUGGCGAUGGCGGCGACUCCGGCUCGGGGGUCUGCGGCCCCGAUAACGGGAACGCCAAGUGCGCCGCGAACGAAUGCUGCUCUGCGGCAGGAUUCUGCGGAACCACUACAGAGCACUGCAAGGCUCCGGACUGCUUGUUCCAGUACGGCCCGGCCUGCGAUGCCAACAAGAUUCCUCCUGGACAGAACACCUCGAGCAUCGCCCGCCCCAAGCUCGGCUCGGUCGAGUACGGUGGCCCCGGUGUCUACAGCUGCGUCAAGCCCGGCGACGUUGCCCUGACGUUCGACGACGGCCCGGCCGCGUACACGAACGACCUCUUGGAUCUCUUGAAGAAGUACAAUGCCUCGGCCAGCUUCAUGAUCACCGGCAACAACAACGGCAAGGGUGAAAUCGACAAUGCCACCUUCCCCUGGGUUAACACCAUCAAGCGGAUGUACGCCGAAGGUCACCAGAUUGCCAGCCACACCUGGUCCCACGCUGAUCUGUGCAACAUCACCUCGGCGCAGCGCAAGGAUGAGAUGUACAAGCUGGAGAUGGCUCUCCGCAACAUCAUCGGUGUCUUCCCUACUUACAUGAGACCCCCUUAUUCCUCCUGCACCGCCGCCUGCGGCUGCGAAAAGGACAUGAAGGCGCUCGGCUACUCCAUCAUCUACUUCGACCUCGACAGCGCCGACUACCUCCACGACAGCGCCACAGAGAUCCAGCAGUCCAAGGACAUCGUCACCCAGGCCAUCGCCGCCCAGCCCGCCGCCAGCGACAACUUCCUCUUCAUCGGCCACGACAUCCACUACCAGACCGUCUACAACCUCACCGAGUUCACUCUCCAAAAGUUCAAGGGCAAGAACAUGGUCACCAUUGGCGAGUGCCUCGGCGACCCCAAGGCCAAUUGGUACCGAACGGAUGCGCGCACCACCCUCGGUUAA